AUGGCGCUGCUUUCCGGCUCCCCCUCCCCCGCCCUCUCCGCGCUCCUCUCCUCCCGCCCCUUUUCCGCCCUCUCUCCCCUUGCUAGCGUCUCUUCCGCCUUCCUCUCCCCCAACCCCAUCCCCCUCCCCGCACUCUACGCGCCUUCCGCCCCCCGCGACCUCGAUCUCCGACUCCCCGGCCUCCCCGCGCCACCCGCGCUUCCGCCGAAACACUCCCCCCAUGCCCCGCAUCUUCCGCCGUUCCUUGGGGAUCCGUUCCCCGGUUGCGGCUCCGGGGAGAUCCGAGAAAUAGCGGUUCCGGGGAUAUCCAUCCCCGCAAAAGGCUUUCCGCUGCCGCUUUCCGCGCCCGCCCAUCCCGCGCUUGCGCCGAAGAUAUGGGCGGGGGGAGGUCCGCGGACGUUCCCUGGCGGAGUGACCAAAUGGCAAUGGAAGCGAAUGCAGGACAAGAAGCGGCGCGCGCGGGAGCGCGCGCAGCUGAUCCGCGAGCAAGAGGCGUUCGAGGCGAAGCGGCGCGAGCAGCUCCGCAUCUUGCGCGGCCCGGAGCGCCCCUGGGGGGACGACUCGGACCGCGGAUGGGGGAAAGCCCCACGGGAAGGGCGGCCGCCGCCGGCUUUUCCGCCGCGAUCCGCGGGGCCCCCGCUUCCGUGGGAAAACCGGCGCGGGGGUGAUGAUACUGCGCGCCGAUGGGGGGAGGAGGGGGGCGGGGGGCUUUGGAAGGGUUUGGGGGAGGAGGAGGGGACAGGGGGGAUGAUAAUUCCUUGGGAGAGGCAAGGGGGGAAGGCGGAAGGGGGAGCGGGUUGGGGGAGCGCGCGGGAGGAGCAACGGGGGGGGAGUGAUUGGCGGAACCAGGGGGGCAUGGCGGAAGGGUUAGGGGGGGAGCGGGAAGGGGGACCAGUCCGCUGGGAGCGGCUUCCGCAAGUGCCAUUGGCGGAGCGGAGGCAGCAGGCGGGGGGAGAGCGCGCGUGGGGGGAAGAUCGCGCUAGGGGGGAGCAGCGCGCUUGGGGGGAGGAGCGCCUGGGGAAGGACCAGCGCAACAGGGGGGAGCAGCGGGGGCACAUUGCGCCAAUUGCGGGGGAGGAUGUGCGCCCGUGGCAGCGGGAGGGGGAGGGGGAGAUGCGCCAACUGUGGCGGAGAGGGGAAGAGGGGGGGAUGCGCCAACAGCAGCGGGGGGAGGAGGGGGGGCGCGUGUGGUGGGAGGAGGAUGCGGAGGCCGGGGCGGAGGGGGGAAUGCGCCCACGGGGAAGGGGGGAGAGGGGGAGAGGGCACGGGGGAACAGCAAGGGGCGGUAGUGAUGGGGUUAGAGGGGGAAGGAUGACGCAAGAGGGGGCAACUGAGGGAUUGGCAGUGGAACGGGGGAAAGAGGGAGAGGAAGGGGAAGAAGGCUGGAUGUGGUGGGAGGAAGGAGGGCUAUAUGGGCGAGGGCGAGGGGGAGGAGAGGGGGCAGGAGGGAGGGGAGGCGGAGGGAAUGGAGGAGGAGAGGGAAGUGGUGGUAUGGGAGGAGAUACGAUGGGAGCAGGAGGGGCAGGAGGGAGAGGAGGAGGAGAAGGAAAGGCGUCCACUGCAGCGCGCCAAGCCAGGCAGGCACAGGUACCAGCAGCAUUUCCCGUGGCAGGGGAAGAGGCAGGAGGGGUGGGAGGAGAGGAGAGAACAGGUGCAUGGGGAGCAGGCAGAGGAGCACGAGGAGGGGGAGGAGGGAGAGGAGGAAGAGAAGGAAGAGAAAUGGCAGGAGGAGGACGGGGAGGGAGAGGAGGAGGAGGGAGAGGCAGGGGAGGAGGGCAGAGGGGAGCGUAUCAAGGAUCAACCGGGGGAGGAGGGAGGGGAGCGUCAUUGGUGCUGCCUGCAGUACCAGAGGAGGUGAUUGGUCGGCACGUGAAGCUCAAACACGUGGAGGAUCUUUGGAACGAGGAUGAUGGGCCGCUGGAGAGAGGAUCCGGGGCUGCUUAUAACGAGUAUGGGACUCCCCCUGAAGGUGCUGCUCGUGCUGCUCGUGCUGGUGGCGACGGUAGUGGUGGUGCUGUUGGUGGUUUGAAUGCGAGAGGAAGUGGCCAAUUGAAGGAGGAGGAGGCAGAGGAGGAGGAGGAGGACAGGAGGGCUGUUUCAAGGAUCCCUUGCAUGUCGAUGCCCGUCCGCAUGCAUACGGGUAUGCCUACUGCUACUGCCUCUGCUGCCGCAAGCUGCAGGCACUUUACCUCUGCUGUUGCUGCUGCUGCUGCUGCUGCUGCUGCUGCUGAUGGUGCUGCCAACAUUUCAAAGGGUGGCAGCAGUGCUGCUGACAACACAGCUCGUGAUUAUACUGGUGGUGGAUGUGAGAACAACAGAAGCGGCUCAGUAAGAGUGGGGGCGUGCGAGGGAGGGGAAGCAGGCAGUUUCGCCACCUUGCCUCUCUCGCAAGCCAUGCUUUCAGCCAUUAGCGGCGGCAUGGGGGGUGAUACCACUGCCACGGACCAAACAGAGCGUGAGCGUGCUGAUACCAGAGGGGAGGCAGGCAGUUUCGCCACCUUGCCUCUCUCGCAAGCCAUGCUUUCAGCCAUUAGCGGCGGCAUGGGGGGUGAUACCACUGCCACGGACCAAACAGAGCGUGAGCGUGCUGAUACCAGCGGGGAAGCAGGCAGUUUCGCCGCCUUGCCUCUCUCCCUGACUAUGCAUUCAGCCAUCAGCGGCAGCAUGGGCUUUAAACGGUGCACUCCCUUGCAAGCAGCUGUCAUGCCACGCAUACUCGCAGGAGCUGAUCUCUUGGUCAAGGCUAGUUCAGGCACAGGGAAGACCAUGGCUUAUAUGAUCCCCUGCCUUGACAGUCUCCUCUCAGACUUCACUAACUCUCCCGCUCGGCUGCUGGCCGGCGCAGGUACCCCAGUGGAGGUGUUGCUGGUGUGCGCUAACAGAGAGAGGGCCGAGAGGGCUCUGGGGCAGGCUCAGCAAGUGCUGCAGCUGCUUCAGCCUCCGCAGCCACAGCAGGUGCAGGGGACUCCGCGAGGGCAGGAAGGAACCGGGGAAUCGGGAAGAAAGGAAGCAGCAAGAGGAUUAGGUGACAGGAGGAGAGGAGGAGGUAGGGGUAGGCGUGCUGGCCGAAUGAAGGGCGUGAGGCAGGGGGGAGAGUCGGGAAUUGGGCCACAGGGAGUGGGGCGGCAAGCAGUGGGGGUGCAGAUGGUGGUGGGAGGGUUGAGUAUGGAUGAUGAGGGGAGGCGGUUGCAGCAGGCGCCGUGUGAGGUGCUGGUGGCAACUCCUGCUCGGCUGUUGGAGCACUUGCAGCAGACUCAGGGCAUGCGGAACCGAGUGCAGCAGCUGAAGGUGAGCAAUAGGAGAGAAGAGGAGGUGCAAGAAACUUGGGGCGUGCUUGUGCAUGUUGCUAUGGCUGCUGCUGCGCUGCUCUUGGAGCACUUGCAGCAGACUCAAGGCAUGCGGAACAGAGUGCAGCAGCUGAAGGUGCUUGUAUUGGAGGAGUUAGACCGCAUGGUCGAGAUGGGGUUCACAUUACAUUGCUUCCUCUCUAUCCAUCUCAUAUGGUGCGUGCCGGUGCUUGCAUUGGAGGAGUUAGACCGCAUGGUGGACAUGGGGUUCACUCGCACCAUACACACCAUCGUUACGCUCCUCCCACCCAUUGUAGAUGUGCUCUCAAGCUCACAUCACAUUGCUUCCCACCUACUAUCCGCCAUUGGCCAUGCGUGCAGGUGCUUGCAUUGGAGGACCUAG